AUGACCAAGUCUUAUGACAACCAACCUGAAUUUCACAAAGCCAUUUUGAUCCAAGAAUCCAAGGGUUUUUGGCUGUGUGCCUACUUGUUGCUGUGUGGAAUGACAAGCUUGUCCACGCAGAUCGUUAUAGAUGAUGAUGAGCUGAUGGAGUAUGAAAUCAACCCUCGCAGGAUGAUGGCUUCCAAGAACGAGAACCAGAACAACAAACGUCAUCACUUUUUGAUCCAUGAGAACACACGCCCUACUCCAACCACCCUGGUCAUCGGAUCCCGUCAGCCCUCUGUGGUGCAGCCGGUGGGGGUUGAAGACUCUUUGAAUGCCCCUGAUUCGCCAAGCAGUGAAGUGGCUAAAGGCUUGAAGCGCUUGAAGAGCGGUGUUCUGGAGGGUGGUGACAAGGUCAUGGACCCAGCCAUGAAUGAGAUCCCUGCUACUGAAGAUGGUGACAUGGUCAACAUGGACCCAUCCAUGGAUGAGAUCCCUGCUCCUCAAGAUGGUGACACGGUCUACAUGGACCCAUCCAUGGAUGAGAUCCCUGCUACUCAAGAAGAUCUUUUUGGGAAGGAACCCGAUGAAAAGACCACCGUCAUGGUGCCUGAGUAUGCCAGCAUGCCUGUGAAGCCUAUGGUUACCAGCUCAGAUGGCCCACAGCCACCUCCCGAAGAUGGCCCAACAGAACUUUCUGCAUCUGAAGGUGGAAAUGAAAAGGACCGAAAAAAAGAGUUGCACCGUGCUAGCAGCCGUGCAUGGCAUGCCAAGUGGAUAUCCAAAGGGGUUCCACGUGAGGCAGUCCCACCAGCUACUGCCCUGGUUGCCACUGCCCCAGCAGCGGACAGUCCUGAACUGGCCAUCCCAUCGCCAUCUGUUUCGUCCUCAUUGGCCAGAGCGCGUGACAAGUUCAUCUCUGAAUGGAUUGAACUCAGUGACAUGCCUAAAUCCCAAGAGAGGUUUAAGGCUGCUUGCAAAGCUUGGAUGGAAAGCACUACCCGUGCUGAUUUCUUGAGUGCACGCGCCGGGGUUCAGCGCUGA